UCAAGUUACGUAUAAACGACGGUAUCGUCGUGUUCCGACUCAGUUUUCCGAUUUUGAAUAACACAUAGCCAGCUUAGGCUGUUGUUAUUUUAAGCGCAAAAAUGACAUCUUCAGGUAAACUAGGUAAAAAUUUAAUAUAUUAUAUAUACAUGAUAUGCAUUGAAUAGCUUGGGGUCUAUUUAAGUGUAUUUUUAUAACAUGUACUGUCUCUGACUACUGAUAGCAGGUCAAUAACUCAUUUUAAUAUUGGAAAGUUUCACAGGUAUAUGCAAAUUUUGUGACAAUAUUAUUCAGUAUAACAAUACAAAAGACAUAAUCAAAGGUCAUAAGGCUAUCAAAUGAUUCAAAUGUGUUACGGUUCACGAUUUUGAUAUUGUCGAAGUUUUAUCAAUUUUGCUAAGGCGUAACCGGGCCUUGGAUCGUUCAAACCACUCGAAAUUUCAACAGUCAUAUUUGAACAACACGCGAGUGAUUCAACUGUACUUGACAGACAACUGAGUAAUUUUAUCUACUCCGUCAGUGGGGAAAUUAAAGAGCUUGGUCUGGUAAUGCAUCGGUAUUUGUUUGUAGUAAGUUACUUCGUAUACCUCAUUGGUUGUAUUCAACGAGUUCAUGCCGACAGGAACUCGACACAAACUGAAAAUAAUGAACCUACAGAGACGAUGAAGUGUCCAAGGAAGAUAACUAUCCGUUCCAAACCGUAUUUCACAACUUAUUUGAGGAUUUUUGGAAACGGCAGCACGUCUGGCAUAUUCCCGCCUCUACUAAUGGACAAUGUAUCCGCAAUGUGCUGUAAAGGACAAAACAUCUCGUUCAAAUUUGUAAACGAAACCAGCCGAACUUCUGUGCAAAGGCUCCUAUUUGUAGAACAGGAGAAACGCGAGUAUGGGAAGUUUGACAAUACCACGCUAGAUGUUUUCUUUCCUACUUUCACGGUAAACGCCGAAAGAAGCAGGGUCUAUAAGGACUUCUACUUCAUCGAAGUGAUGAAAAGUCCCGGGCCUGCGUUUAUCAUGCUUAGAAGUGAGAUAGAAGAAGCGCCUGAUCCAUCGAUGAUUCUUAUUGAAUGCUGGCCCAUAUUUGUUUUGUUACUGAUUAUGGCUUGGGUGGUUGGGAUAAUUGGUUGGUUCUUGGAUCGAAAGAAGAACCAGCAACAGUUCCCGGAUAAUUUUUAUAGAGGAUCUUGGGUAGGAUUUUGGUGGGCCGUUGUUACAAUGACAACGGUCGGGUACGGUGACAAAACACCGAAGUCGUUCCCGGCCCGUCUUCUCACAGUCCUCUGGAUGAUCACGGGAACGAUUGUGACGUCAUUAUUCACUGCCAACGUCACCACUGUGCUAACAACUAAGAACGUCGCCGCUUUACAAAAUGUCCUUGGACAAAAGGUAGGUGUCUUGAGUAGCAAGCAUUUUUUUCAACGUCAGAUCAAUGAAGGGGCAAGUUUUAUAGAAUAUGUGGAUGAGAAGAGCAUGGAGAAAGCUUUCCGUGACAAAGAAAUAACUCGAAUAUUAGUACCAAACUACUUGGACCAUCUCUAUUUCUCUACAACCAACCCUGGAUCUAAGGUUAAUGACUUUGUAAUUGCGAGCGUUGUGAAACAUCCUUUCUCGGUUGGACUCGGCCUCGUCAACAAUAUAAGAAAUCUUGAUGAUCACGAGGAGAUGAAAGAGUUCCUAAGAUGUUGGGAAUGGACAAUUGUCAAUAAUUUCGAAGAAAGCGGCCUGGAUUACUCAGAGAUAGAUCUCAGUCUUUAUCAUACAGCCGAGGACGCGCGGAGCUUGUUGAAUCAGUCCAGCAUCUUGUAUACGAUCUAUGGCUGUCUUGGAUUGCUAUUUAUCUUUCUUGUGCUGGGUUCUACGUGGGAAAUAUGGAAACACACCGAAAGAUCAAAGAGUAUGGACACAAUGGAACCCUCAGAAAUCGAGAUGACCAAAACUAAGCAUUUCCAAAGGCAAGGAUCUCAAACGUUCAAUUUCUGAUGCCGAUGGCAUGGCCAUGGAAGGAGUAGCCGAGGUUAUCCUAUUGCUUGCUGAAGAAAAGAAACUAGUUGCCAAUGAACCAUCACAUUCGUGAACAAGUCAAGAUGAAGGGAAUGACUUAACUGAAGGAAUGACUUUAAAAAAGCUUAUACUUUCAUAAAGUACAUCACCAUUAUGUUUUUCCUAAUCGGCAAACAUGA